AUGAGGCCCCUUUCUCAAACCCUUAUCAACAUCAAUUUGGUCAACCUGUUACUGCUCAGGAGCGGACAGGCUGCACCAAGCAUGAGCGCAUAUGACAUCCGCGGCGCCUUUGUUUGGCACGACCAUGUCGACCAGCCCAAGACACCAGCGCUGUACCAAGACUUCCCAGACCCGUCCAUCCUCGAGGGGCCCGACAAGUGGUACGCAUUCGCAACCGCAAGCGGGGACAAACGGGUGCAAUACGCCACAGCACCAGAUCCAUCUGGCCCCUGGACCUACGUGGACGAGGACCUCCUCCCAGACCCUGGGUCCUGGACAGAUGGCGUGGAUAUCUGGGCCCCAGACGUCAGGAUGGUGGACGACGGGACGUACGUGAUGUACUACACGGCAGCGCUGGCUAACAACACGGCGAUACACUGUCUUGGAGUUGCGACAUCAGAUAAUAUCGACGGGCCCUACUCUGUUAACGACGAGUACUGGCACUGCGAUGAAGACCAAGGCGGCUCCAUCGACUCGUCCGGCUUCGUGGACUCGGACGGCACCCGGUACGUGACGUGGAAAAUCGACGGCAACUCUGAUGGAAAUGGAGGAUCCUGCGAUAAUACCGUGGCGCCCAUCAAAGACACACCGAUCAUGCUCCAGCAAGUCGAAGGCGACGGGACGACCAAGGUUGGCGACCCGGUGCAGAUUCUGGACCGGGUUGCUAGCGACGGUCCCCUGGUGGAGGCGCCAAACAUUGUCCUGUCCAGCAGCGGCAAAUACGUCCUCUUCUACAGCAGUCACUGCUUCACCUCGACACAGUACAACGUCUUGUACGCAACGGCCGAUGCCGUCACCGGCCCAUACACGCGGUCCUCGCAGCCUUUUCUCCAGACUAGCAUGUUUAACUUGACCUCGCCAGGCGGUGGAACCAGCACCGUGGGCGAGGACAGCACGACCAUGUUGUUCCACGCAAACUGUCCGACGUACGUGGGAGGGUCGAACCGAUGCAUGUUCGUGUCUAGCUUCACCGAGGUCGGGAUGACUGUCCUGGCUAACCGCCGGUGA